GGGAGCAUUUGUUAGCAGAGGGGGGCAGGAAGUGUGAAAACUUUUGUGAAAGGUUUUUGGUUGGCUAUAUAUAAUUCACAUUCAUUCACAAAGGAGGUCUUGUUUGCACAGUGUAUAUUAUUGACUGAUAUCUGUUGAUAGAAGUGUGUUUGCGAACAGUUUCUAGUCUCUCUGUCUGAACUUGGUGAGACCAUUUCUCUGUAUGUAUUACACUGAUUCUCAUGGAAAGUCUAUGGUGUGGAUGUAUCCGGUUAUCAGUCAGGUGAUCGAUGAAAUUUGGAGAAGUUUUCGAUUUCUUGCCUACAUCCAAAGAAUAAUGGCAUCGGGGAGUAGAAAGAGAAAGCGUGUUGAAUUUGCCUUGGAUAUAUCACCUGUUGGUAUAAGCUUGACCAGUGAGAACUGUUGUAGCCAGGAUGACCAGUCAUAUCACACACAACUGGGUUUUGUCCUGGUCAAUCCAGAGGACACAGUUGUCAGUGACCUGAGAGGGGUCAUCGGCCAACAACUUGAGACUGUGCCAGUCAAUUACAGGUUUCUCACAAAACAAGGCUGGUCUGUCAGACAGAAGCAGGAGCCUCAGAUCAAAGCAUCUCAUCUCGUCACAGAGGAAGGGCUUAUCAGAAUACAACGGGAUUAUGGAGAACCACGUGUCGGUGUGAUCUGUGAAACAGGGCCGGCUCUUGGCUUUGUCUUCAUGUCGUCUCUACAACUCACUAUUAACAAGCUACGUCAAGCCAUUCUUGCCCAAUCUAAAGAUGUAUCCAUUGUGUUGCCGGGUCCUUCCAGCUCACAGCCGAGCCAAGAUUCAAACAAGUUUGACCCCACCCAAUCAGAAUCUUCCCCCUGCUCUUUGGGUAGCAUGCGGGAGUUGAUGCACAACGACUUCCUCUUCCUUGACUGCAACGGCUGGCCGGUCAACAGGCAGCAGGAAUCCACCUUGACCAUCCUCGACAUCAUGGUCCAGUCCUCAGUCAAGGUCAGAGUUCAAAGUUCAUUACUAGAGUUGACCGGUCAGUCUGCCCUUGAGGAGUCCCAGAGCAGCUUUGCGUCGACCAUGGCCGAGUUCGGCAUGAUGACCCCGCCUUCGAAAAUGCAGAAAGUGAGCAAAUCACCAAACAACCUCUCCCUUGAUACAUCCCUAAACUACUCCCCUCACAAGAUGCAGCCAAGGAGUCCCCUCACUACCAACCCAGACUCACCCUUCACCAGCAAGGCACCAGCCAGUGCCAAACAGAUCCUCAUCAGCUACGUCAGGGCGGAGGCAACGCAGUAUGCGCUGGAUCUGAAGAUAGAGCUAGAGGCGCUCAAGUUCAGUGUGUACUUGGAUGUACAUGAAAUAUUUUGUGGAACUGACUGGCAGGAUAGUCUAAACUUUGCAGUGAGUAACUGUGCAGUCUUUGUUCCCCUGGUCACACCAAGGUAUGGGGAGACACAAUGGACCAAUCGAGAGGUGAAACUUGCCGAUGUACUUCAGAAGUACAUACUACCCGUGAGCUUCUUGGAUACCUGGCCUCCAAGGUGCCUAGCCAUUCAGUUUGCCACGACACAGUUCAUCAACUGGAAGAAGCCUAAACCAGGCCAGCCAGCCACCCCACACUCGCCAUCCAAAGAGACAAGCAUGGACAGUCCAUUGAAGAAAUGCUAUGAAUGGGAAAAGAAAGAUGUUCAUUGCGUUGCCGUGGAUAUCGGUAAACGAUGCCAAUCUAGAAGGAUAAACAACCUCACUAAUGGGCUGCCCGCUCUGACGAGAGGGAAGACAGUGAGUGUUGGAGACAUCUUGAAUGAAGGGAGAGAGGAUGGAGACAGACUUCUUGUUAUCAGCACACAUCCAAAACAGGAAGAAUUUGGUGCCGAGUUGAAGAAGUUGUUCGAGAGUAAGGGAUAUGAUGUCUGGGUGACGACAGAGCUCUCCAGGUUGAGUGGCACAGACACAGAAUCAGAUGGCACACUUAUCCUAGACAGCAAUGAAGAGGCGAUGGAUGGUGUGUUUGCAAGCAACCCGGCAACACUCUUCCAAGAGAAAGUAGACGAGGCUUCUAUCGUUCUCUUUGUCCUCUCGAAGGCCUUUGCUGAAUCAGUAACUUGCAAGGGACAGGUUUUCUAUUGCGAGCAGAGGAAGAGAGUGGUCUCUCUAGCGUACGAAGACUUUGAGAUGCCUGGCUGGAUGUCAAUGCUCAUCGGUACAAGUACAUUCGAGAAUGUAAGUCGGACCGAUUACAAGGACCACCUGCUAGCAAGGAUAGACCGGGCGUGUGACCCGUCCACCCUCGAAGAUGAUGAAGACACUGCCAUUGAAAAGCAGGUCUCGCGUGCAGUUAGUUUUGUAUGCAAGAGCCUGCCUGAUACAGGAUGUGUAUAUAUUGCUGGGGGUACUAAGUACUACUACGACAAGAGUGCAGAAAUAUGCAAAGCGAUCGGAGCAGCCCUGGCCAAGCUGCCAACCGUCACCCUGAUCACUGGAGGAUUCUAUGGGGUGGGUCACGAUGUAUCUAAGAGCUUCUAUGAUGAGAGGAGAAAGCUGAAGAUGGAACCGAGGGUGUGGCACAUCCUACCUACCAAAGAUGAAAGGGAUUGCAGUGCCCAAGCCGACCAGAGACAAGACAAGUCUUUCAAGAAGCCACCAUUUGGUCAGACUCUUUACUGCGGUGAGAGCGUCAGACAGAGAGAGUCUAUUGUCUCCAAGGUCUUUGAUGUCUGUAUCAUUGUAGAAGGUGGCCCUGGUGCUGCCCAUGAAGCGGAAGAGUUCACAUGGAGUGACCAUACAGUAAUACCAAUCAAGUGUACAGGAGGAGCAGCGGGCGGCAAAUUCAAGGUGCCUCAUAAGAUUUUUGAGCUUCCACCAGGCGUCAAUAGAGAUGACUGGCAGUUGCUAAGCAACAAGUCUGUGUCGGCAGUAGAGAUAGGUGCAGCCGUGGCUCGCAUCGUGAGGGCACUGCAAGAGGGAGUCGUAUCACAGAUCACGUGUCAGAAGUCGUUUCGUCAGCGACCUUCUCUUUUGAGGGGUAAGAGUCUCCCAUACAUGGAGAGAACAUGAAGUAUUUGGAGCAAGGUUUACCACGCUUGAUAUGGUGCUUUAAGUUUUGGUACUUCUGUUAUGAUGAAUGCAUCAAUGAUCUUAUGGACAUAGUGAGGAAAAAAAAACAGCAGUUGCUAAGGGCGAUUAUCCCACGAAACUCUUGAUACAUUUGCAGUAAAUAAAAAAGAGUUGCUGUCGAAUAAUAUUUCCGUUCAAUGGUUCAUGGUGCAUUGAAAUAUCUAAACACAAUAGGUGGACUUAUAAGCAGCCCUCGCAAAAGAAAUUAUGAUUUUUACAUAGGACUAACGAGUGAAGGUUCAUUUAGACAGUAGAUAUGAUUUGUACUAUUUUUUUGUAAAUGAUUCCUAUGUGAAUAAGGUGAUGUAGUGUCGCCUGUGACAUUUGUAUGGACAAUAUAUCUAUGUGACUAGUCCUAUUUGUAUGGCAAACAAAUCCUAGAGUAUUUAGUAGAUAUUCCUAUGCGAAUCAUGUAUCUAGUGUCAUGCUGUAGUGGGGAAAAGUUAUUAAAGGACAAGUCCACCCCAACAAAAAGUUGAUUUGAAUAAAAAGAGAAAAAUCCAACAAGCAUAACACUGAAAAUUUCAUCAAAAUCGGAUGUAAAAUAAGAAAGUUAUGACAUUUUAAAGUUUCGCUUAACUUCACAAAACAGUUAUAUGCACAUCCUGGCUGGUAUGCAAAUGAGGAGACUAUGACGUCAUCCACUCACUAUUUCUUUUGUAUUUUAUCAUAUGAAAUAUUCUAAUCUCCUCAUCGUCAUGUGAUACAAAGAUUAAUUCCUCCCUGAACAUGUGGAAUUAGCAUUGUUUAAUACUAUAUGGUUCAGUCAAAUUGGUCCUUAAUUCUCGCUACCCCAAAUAGCGAUUUCGCCGAGAUCCGGGAAAAAUCCCUGUAACGCGCAUUGCAUUAUGGGAUAGCUUUUCGGUAUUACAACUUCCUGUUCGGAAGUCCAAUGCACUGUUUUGCCAUUCAGAUCAACGGUGCCGUCAUCCACAACAACACAACGUCGCUUUCGCUCGGAAAGUUCGUGAUCAAACCCUUUCUUUCACGAUACAGUCAGCCUUUUCUGCUAAAGUCACUAAUUCUGCCCGACGCUUUCCAUAUCCCUCUGUCAGUUAAGAUUUUUAAAGUUCCGAAACUGAUUUUUUAUCCAUUUUGUGGUCGACGAAAAAUUGAACGGAGUGAAUGCUGUAGUGUAUAUAUUUAGCGUCUAGUCGAAUACGAUCGUGAUGUCAGGCCGGUCACUAAAUGCAAAAUUUUAAGAUAUUCAUUUUUUGUUUUAUUUUUUAUAACCAAAUAAAAACAUGAAUAAAAAUUAUUUUCAUGUGAAAUAUAUUUUCUAUUUUAAUUUAUAAUUCAAAUGGAAUCAAAACUGACCAAAUUAAAUAAAAAGUAUGAUAAUCUGUACAUAUUACGCUGAUUGGCAUCGAUUUCAGCGUGGUGGAAAACUCAGUAUCGCGAACAUGCAUGACUCUGAACCGGAAGUGGUGAUGACGACCCGACGGAGUGAAAAUUAUCUCGUCUCGCGCAUUAUGAGAUUUUUGUUCCUAUUUGGGGUAGCGAGAAUUGUCAAAUCUAU